GGUGUGCCACAUAUCUCUUUUUCUUUUUCGAUGUGCUGAUUUUUCCUUGCUUUUUUGUUUCCUUCCCUGGCGACUUGCCCUUGCCUUGUCAUCUCUUACCUAUCCUGAUUCGUGCCGGUGAUAAGCAACCGGACUGACGGCCCGCAGAAUAGACGAGGGAUGUGGGAGUGCUAAAUUGAAAGGAGACAAACGUCUGGACUUCGAUUCGCAGAGAUCUCGAUUCACAGAUCGGAAUGGCAGAAUCGCGAUCGAUAGCAGAGCCUAUGUCACGGCUUAGACUGGUCGGAUCACGGCUGGCUGGGCAUAGGGAAUGCCUGGUAAGUAGAACCUGACAGGAGUCGAGAGGAAGAGAGGUGGUGUGUGCAAAAAAGAGAGUGAGGAAGAGAGGUGGUGUAUGCAAAAGAGAGUGAGGAAGAGAAGGAAGAAGGGGGAAGAGGAGGGAGGAGAAGAGACACGUGUCGAGACGGCGGUGAGGGAGGGCAGAGUGAGGAAAGAACUUGAAACAGCAGCACACACACACACACACACACACACACAGAGAGAGAGAGAGAGAGAGAGAGAGAGAGAGAGAGAGAGAGAGAGAGAGAGAGAGAGAGAAGGGGCGAAGGCGAAGUGACGAAGCGCGUCUAGGGUGAUUGGUCAUUAUGGGGGAGAGAGGAAGACGAUCGAAUCCGGGCGGCUCACGGAUGAAGCAGCAGCGAAAACGACGAAAGCGACAGGAGAGCGCUGCCCCCCCUCUGCCUCCGGAUUUGGAGCGCGACGAUGAUGAUGGCGAUGUGUCUGACGAAGAUGUCAGGUUUGUCUUAUCAAAUCGUAAGUUUGCGGGUUUCCUCGCUAAUCUGGACCCCAAGAAGAUCGAUAAACAAGUCAUGGGGUUGAAAGACGCGAUGGAGGUCAAUUACGAACGGCGACAACAGAAGAUAAAGGCACGGCAGCGGGAGGAGGAAAGGGAGGGGGAGGAGGAGGAGGGGGAGGAGGAGGAGGGGGAGGAGGAGGAAGAGGACGACGAGAAUGCUACCGAUCCUGAUGGCAGCGGCGAUAAAAGGAAGGUAGGGAACGCAAGAAAGAAGAGGAAGGACGCAAGUGCUGAAAGGGUGGAUGCGCUGCCGGUGAAGAGUCUAGAUGGCAAGCUCAUGCUCCGAAUGUACGAAACUGAUGAACGCGGAAGCUCGCAGAAAGCUGGCGAUGGCGAGAGUGAUGGCGAUGGUGAGAGACGCUCUGCUCUCACGGAAGAAGAAAGAAGAUCAAUUGUCAGGGCAAAGGGUACAAACGCCAGAAAAAGGAUUCCGGCGGCAGCAAAAGUGGCGUCAGAAAAGAACAAGCUUUCAAGCGAAGAUGAAGAGGAGGAGGAGAAGGAGAGGGAAUACGAGGACCAGACAGGGAACGAAGCAGAUUCUCCCUCCUCCUCCUCCUCCUCCUCCUCUGAUGACGAUGAUGACGAUGAUGGUGAUGGUGAUGAUGGUGAUGAUGAGGAGAAAGGGCGCGGCGGUACGAAAGGAAAGGGUAAGGAAGGCGAGAUUGGAGGCAAGAAGAUGUCCCGGAAAAUGUUAAGGCGGCAACAGAAGGAGUUGAAAAGGAAUGAAUUAAAGAGCGAGAGAGAAGCGAAGAAGCUAGAGAUUCGCAUGGCGGCAGCUCGACGAGAAGAUCUGGAAGCCGUUAAGAUGAUCGCCUCCACUCAGGAGAGGAGAGAGUGUUUGAGAACACGGAUUGCGGAAAUCGCUACUGCUAUCCUCGCUAAUCCGGAGGGAAGGAUCGCUCUGGUGAAAGAGCUGCUCGACCUCUGCGGGGAUUCCGAUCUGGCGGUCCAGCAACUAUCGAUGCUCUCCGUCGCGGCCAUCUUUAAAGAUAUCAUUCCUGGUUAUCGCAUCCGAAUGCCAACGGAGGAAGAAUUGGCAGUCAAAGUGUCGAAAGAGGUGCAGAAGCUUCGGGAUUACGAAUCCACCUUACUUAAAACGUACGAAAGGUUUGUCAACGUUGCCGUGAAGAGGACGACGAUACACUCAGAACUGCCACUUCGCCGCGCUGCGUAUCGCUGCCUGUGUGUGCUAUUGACAGCUGUUCCACAUUUCAAUCUUUCUGACACCUUGGUGCGCGCUGUGAUUCCUGCCAUGGAUAGCGUCGACAGCGAGUGUCGAUCUAUGUGUUGCCGCGCCUUGAAGGACGUCUUCAAAAAUGAGGGGAAGCACAACGGAGAAGUUAGCAUGGAGGCGGUAGAGCUGAUUGCCGAUUUCGUCAGGCAACAGAAUUGCCAGCUGCAGCCGGAGGUCGUUGAAGUGUUUGAGGUGCUUAGCUUCGACGAAGAUCUUCGUGCCACAGAAGACGAGGAGGGCGACGACAAGAACAGGUAUGACAAGAAGAGGGCUGACAAGCAAGGGAAGAAGAAGGGGAAGAAGAAGGUGCUGACCGAGGGGAAGAUAGAGAAACAGAAGUUGGCAGAAGAAUUGACGACGCAAGUGGCGCAAGAGUUCAGGGAGGCGGAGGCGGUUAUGUCCAGGGAAGAGAGGCGGCGAAUUCAAACUCGGAUUUUGUCGGCCGUCUUCGAAACGUAUUUUAGGGUUUUGAAGUCGGCUCUGUCCGGGGGAGCUGCUGCUAAUGCUGCUGCUGCAUCUCGGCGUGCAGGAAGGAGGGGUCCUCCACCACCUGCUCCUCUUCGAACAGAAGGACCGGUAGUUGGACGCCGAUUGGGUCCGCGACCGCUCUUGAUAGCCUCAUUACGAGGUCUGGCGAAGUUCUCAUCCCUUAUAAGCGUGGACUUCAUGGGCGAUCUGCUUGUCAUUCUGAGAAGGCUGGCUAUGGGCGUGGAUGAGGAUGAUAGCAACACCAAGGAGGGUGACAUAGAAGCAGCAAGAGGAGGAGGAGGAAGAGGAGGAGGAGGAGGAGGAGGAGGAGGAGGAGGAGGAGGAGGAGGAGGAGGAGGAGGAGGAGGAGGUAAGCUUGGCGUUGAAGAGCAAUUGCUGUGUUGUACGGUCGCGAUGCAAAUCGUGAAGAAUAACUUGAAUGCUCUGACCGUAGAUCUCAGGCAGAUCUACGUGCGGUUUUAUCGUCUGCUCCUGGAGUUUCCCGCCGUGUCUCGGGCCGUAGGUUCAAAUAUGGGAGAAAUUUUCGUACGAGCUAUGGAGGCGUUGCUUUGGGAGGGAAGGCAGCACGACCAGCUUCGGGCUGCGUCAUUCGCGAAGCGGUUAGCUUCCACCGGCUUGCACCUGGGCAGUGCCGAGACGAUGUCCGUUCUGGUGACAGUGCAGCGCAUUCUGCAGCGCAACUCGCGCUGUAGGGCGCAUUUGCUCGAGAACGAUGCUUGCGGCGGCGCUGUCGCUGGCGGACCGGCUGUGUAUUUCCCGGCGGCGGCCGAUCCAGAAUCAAGCGGAGCGCUCUCGACGUGUCUCUGGGAAAUGGCUCUGCUUAGCAAGCAUUAUCACCCCGGUGUGGCUGCAUUGACCACUUCAGUGGUGGGUAUGGUAUCUAAUGGCCCCGACAGUUUAACCCCUGCAUUGUUGAUGAGACCGAGCGAAGCCUUUGCUGCUUACGACACGGAUCAAGGUGGGUUCCGUCCUGGAAUUCCGCCGCCAAAGAAGAAACCCACCACCCUCAUGAGAGGAGGAGGGGGGGGGGUAAAGGCUGCUGCUGCGCCGGCAAAGAGGCGGCCCGGCGGUCGAGUAGGACCCCUGAGUGCUGCUGCAUUUGAUGCCGCAGCGAAAGGGGUACAGCACUGGAUGUCCCUGCCUGUGCGUGUGGCAAUGGCCGUCGCCGAGGAUUCUCCUCUCGACGGACCACGCCUCCUCACUGAUGACGGCCACGAGGCGAGAGCAUUUGAAGAAGAACAGCAACUUGUAGUUGGCAAGGCCAUGAGGUCUUGGUUUCGCGAGAUGAGAGACUUCGCCGAGCAUGAGGAACUUAGACGUGAAUUGCGGCGAGUAGUGAAGGUAGCGAAUAUCAUGCAUGAUAGGUUUGAAGAUAGGAGUGCAGCACAUGCACAGAAGACGAAUAGGAAAAAAACAACGAACGGAAGAUGGUCGGCACAUGCAGGUAGGACAAAGAAGGGAGCAAUUCAUCCUAGGAGUGCAGUUGUGUGCAAGUUGUAGGACCUAUCCAAUGAAAAAGCUGGGUGAUU